AUGUCGAAGCUUUAUCACUUCCCGCAGACAAGCGAGGAGCUCAUUCGGCACUACAAGCUCGAGCCUCAUCCCGAGGGCGGCUACUAUGCCGUCACCCACGUGAUGAAGGAGACAAUCAAGUCUCCUUUUGCUUCGGACCUCGAAGAGCGCAGCAUCUCCAGCUGUAUCUACUACCUGCUUUGUCACAAGACGCCCGGAUGUCCCGACAAGCCUUCACGAUCCGUCAGCUCCGACGAGGCGGAUGCUUUCAAGACGUGGAACAGCGACAUUGGCGUUUUGCAUCUCAACAAAUCUUCCACGAUGCAUGUCCACCAUGCUGGGCGAGCCAAAUAUACACUCAUUUCUGCAAAAGCACCGCUAGGCGAAGGACUCCAGGACAGCAACGGCGAUCCGCUCACCAAGACGGUCGUGAUGGGUGAUGACAUCGCCAACGGAGAAGUCCGGCAGUUGUUGGUGGAAGGGGGCUGGUGGAAAGUCAGUGAGAUCCCUGAGCAAGACAGGAAAGCCAUUGAGGACGGCACCGCCGACGGCACGAGAGUGGGCGCUCUCAUCUCGGAGGUGGUCACGCCAGGCUUUCACUGGAACGAUCACACAUACCUCAACCAAUCUAGGCUGCGAGAGCUCUUUGCCGGAACUACGCGCUCGGACGAACUGUACGAGGGGUUCAAAAAGUAUGUAAAGGAGCAAUGA